GACCCGUGGAUGGCAACACGACAAAUAAGCUUGUUUAAUAGCAACUAAUGUAAGUUAUAAUUACCGAAUUAACAUAGCUCACGAACCAGAAGUACCAUAACUAUUUCCAAGAUACCAGAUGGAAGGGCAAGAUCAGGCGGACGGGGAGUUCAAUCGCGAUGGAGACAUCAUUCGCGACCAGACGACACAAGACUUCGUAAGAGGGCUCAAGGAGAGAGAAGAAUUCAAAGCUCAACUCAGAGAGAAAGAUAGAGAGGUUAAUACCCUCAAAGGACAGAACUAUGAUUUGAUGAAUACGAUAGACAGCCUCAAGAAACAGGUUGCUGAACUUUCUAAGGAUGGUAAAAAAGCGCGACCCACUACAGCGCGCAAACCAAAACGACCCGCCAAGAGAAAGACUAAAAUGGACUUGAAAGCCAAAGAUGGCGGCGGUAAAAAGACAACUGGUGAACAGCAGAACAGUCAUGAGGUCAAUGAUCCCUUUGAAGACCCUGAAAAACUGUAUGCGGCAAUCGCCCAAAAGUUUCCAGAGUUACCGCUGUCCACCGUUCUUACCGCGGAGAAGAAAUUCGUCGAAGCUGACAUUAACCGAGAUGGGACCAUCGAUUUUUUCGAGCUAGAGAAAAUUCUCGAUAGUACAUCGGCCUCGACUGGAACAGCUCUCUUCACUAAAGAACAAGUCCAAGACAUUAUGAGAAAAAUCGACUUGGAUAACACCAACUCCAUAGACUUUAUGGAGUGCUUAGCGAUCCUUGAUCUGUUGAGGCAGAAUCGUAAAACAGGUCUUCCAACGGCCAUGCAACAGAAUGUCAAGAGUUCUGUUUGUACGAUACAGUAACCACCAUUUAUAGAGGAACUAGAGGAACACACACACACACACAUAUGUAUAAAGAAACCGAGAGAGCUUUUGAUUGUGACGUCAGUCUUAUGGAAAAACGACGGGUCCAAAACGAAAAGCAGUGCUCUAUUAAGAUUCUUCUUCUUACUCUUUCUUCAGGACAGGAUUUGUUGUCCAAAGUUAUUAUAUAUUUUUUCAAUUGGAGAUUACAGCAAUGACAAAAAAAAUUUUUGUUUUAUUUUAGCGGUUUUCGUGAGCGAUUGGACCCGGAAAUACGUUACGAAAAGUUCUAAACCUAGUGAUAUACACCUACUUGCAAGAACGUUGACAUACGAAAAUAGAACAUUAGUGAUUUAGUGGGAUAGGAAUUAUAUUAAAAAACAAAAGAAGAUCACUGAAGCUGAACUUUUUCUUUUGUCUUUUAAUGUAUUCCUUUCUCACAAAUUACUAAUGUUCUAAUAUCGUAUGGCAACGUUCGUACAAGUAGGUGUAUGUAGUGAAUAUGGGAUUUCAAAACUCUAGUCAUUUUUUGGUAGCAAAUCUUGGGUACAAAAAUGAAAAAAAAAUUCCUUAUAAUAUUUCUAUCUGAUUUUUCCACGUCGAGUUUUUUAUAUAUAGUUUGUCAAAUUGUAAAAAAAAAAUACCUUAUAUGAGGAAAAACACAAACUCACGAUAAAAAAAAAAAAAACUAAGCAAGACAUUCUUUUUCGGCAUUUAUACUUAGUCCUUUAUGUAACUUUCUAUUAUGAGGCUAGAGAGAAGCUCUAUAGGAGCAUUGUUUUGGCUACGUACUGCUGUAUUUACUUUGUUUCACUGAGGUAAGCCAACGUCAAAACGAUGCGGAAUAUUUCAAUGAAUCCUUCCGUUACAUAGCAAUAUAUGAGCUUUAACGUUAGUUAAUAGCGCUCCCUUAACUAUGCUUUAAUUAAGGUUGUAGCUGAACAACUGAAGCAGUAUCAUGUAACAAAAAUAAUCCGCAUUUUGAAAGGGUCGUCGUUAAAUAUAUCUGAAGCUGAGAAAGGGGAUGCCCUGGCUUGUUCUCUGAGUUCGAACUCACUACGACGGUUGUCACGAAGGGUGUAACAGAGCUAUUGUACCGAACUGAAACAACAACAUCAACAUUUUCAUUAAAAGUUUAGUUCUUUGGAAUAUAAAUCCAAAA